AUGGAAGACACUGUCCCUGAUACGCCCGUGAGCGACAAGAAAGUCGUUCACAGUACCCCAACCAAGGAUGAUGCAGCAGAAUAUGAGACGGUUGCCACCGUGCCUGUCAGCCAUCUCCAGCCACUCGCAACUCAAUCCUUGACCCCUGCCACCCAGCGCUACACUCAGCCUACGCAAGUGUUGGACGUUCCCUACUCCGGAAAGAACAAUUCCUUCGUUCAGGUCGCCGCAUCCUCUCCUCCAGGUCCGAAUUCCUCCCCCUCUCAUCCUACUCCGAACGGCGGUCGUCUUUCCAGUGCCAUGGCCCCGGCUGGCACCAGCUUUCGCCCUCCUGUCGGUCCGGCUAAGCGUGCGCCCAUAAUAGACCUCGAAGAUGACGGCCCGACCUAUCGCGGCGGCUCGUCUGAUGAUGACGACCGAGCGUCGAGAAGCAUAGAUAUUAAACCCUCUUUGUUCGCCAAAUCGUCGCGCAGCCCUGAAAAGGUCGCGGAGUCUCCGAUGGAUCGGUUCAAGCAGAUCACCACAUCCGCAGUCUUCAAUCCUUCUAGUGCGAAGCGCCCGGCAGCUCAAAUGGACCCCGCUCCCAGAGGCACGGCCGUGAAGAAGGUUCGACAGGAUGGCCCCUCGCGUGCCCAGCCUGUGGGUACGAAUGUUUCUUCGCUGCAGGACAUAGAUGACUAUCAAGUUAGAGUCAAGGUGGAAAGGAUGUUGAAGGUCAUGCCGCAGAAGUCUGUGCAUGCAUGCAUGCAGGCGCUUCUCUCAAAACGUGGGAACUACGAGGCUGCCCUGGAGCACCUGGCUGAUACGGAGAAGGCUGAAUCUUCCGAGGACGAGCUGAUUGCGAGCAAGCGGGCCUCCCCUGUUGCGCCUGCGAAGCAGCAGAUUAAGGCGCGCGGAACCAUUCAAGACAAGUGGUCUGCCAUGAACAUGCAGAGGACAUUGUCGGCCCAGAAGCAGCAAUCGCAACCGUCACAACCAGCGGAAGAGGACGCGAAACCGCGCAGGCGCUUAAUGAGAGGGCCCAAGUCUCGGGCGUCUUCCCCUAGUCCGGUUCGUUCUGUGCCUCGUGCUGAGACGCCGCCCAAGAAGACUGGCCGUCUAGUCCAAGGGCGAAAGCCUGCAUCCCCUCAACGCUCCGAGUCCCCUGAGGCUAUGAUAAUAUCAGAUGAGGAUUCCGAUUCCGGCGUGGAGGAACCAGCAGGGGAUGGUCAAGUGGAGACAAGAGUCUUGAACUUCUUCAACAAAUGCAGUGUCCUGGACCUUGCCGACAUCGCCGCAAUCACUGAAGACGUUGCGAAGCACGUCAUAUCCUUCCGACCAUUCUCAUCGCUAGACCGUGCCCGUGCUGUUCCUCCCCCGGCGAAGGAAGAGACGAAGCCCAAGGGCGGCCGUGGCCGUAAAACGCCUAAGCCGAUCGGCGACAAGAUUGUCGACAAGUGCAUUGAUAUGUGGGUUGGGUACGAGGCGGUGGAUUCUUUGGUUGCAAAAUGUGAAGCGCUCGGCAAGCCAGUCGCGGCGGAGAUGAAGAGAUGGGGUGUGGACAUCUUCGGAAAGAAGGAGGGAGAACUGGAGCUGGUAUCCAUCAAUCCCAGAGAUGCCCACUCUCAGUCUCAUGAUUCCGGGAUAGGAACACCCGCUAGCCAGCGCUCGGAUGAGGAUAGUGAUGGUCCCGCGCCUGGACCGCGCAAAGGCCGUUUCAUCUCUCAGCCCGGGAUCAUGCGCGAUGAUUUGAAGAUGAAAGAUUACCAGAUCGUAGGCAUCAAUUGGCUGUCCCUCCUGUUUGAGAAUCAGUUGAGUUGCAUCCUGGCCGAUGACAUGGGUCUUGGAAAGACCUGCCAGGUCAUUGCCUUCUUGGCGCACUUGUUCGAGAAGGGAAUCAAGGGUCCUCAUCUCGUUGUUGUGCCCUCGUCUACGAUCGAAAAUUGGCUCAGAGAGUUCUCGAAGUUCUGUCCCACGCUCUCCGUCAUGCCUUACUACGCUGGUCAGGCAGAGCGGGCAGUCAUCCGAGAGACGAUUGAAGACAACCGAGAUAGUAUCAACGUUAUCAUCACCACUUACACCAUCGCUAAGGGCAAGGUGGAUGCCCACUUCCUCCGCAACAUGGACUUCUGUGUCUGCGUCUACGAUGAGGGACACAUGCUGAAGAGUAGCACAUCGGUGCUCUACGAGAAGCUUAUCAGGAUCCCUGCCCGUUUCAGACUUCUGUUGACAGGUACGCCGUUGCAGAACAAUCUGCAGGAGUUAGCCUCGUUGCUGGGCUUCAUCCUUCCGAAGGUGUUCCAGGAACGCAAGGAGGAGCUUCAGUACAUCUUUGCGAACAAAGCAAAGACCGUGGAUGAAUCGCAUUCGGCUCUCCUUUCCGCGCAACGGAUUGAACGCGCAAAGUCUAUGCUAAAGCCUUUCGUCUUGCGACGUAAGAAGCACCAAGUCAUUGACUUGCCUGCAAAGAUCUCACAUGUUGAGUACUGCGAGAUGAACCUUGCGCAACGCGAAAUCUAUGAGCAUGAGAAAGAAGAGGUCCGCAAACUGUUGGCUGACCGAGCCGCUGGAAAGAAGACUGGUAACAAGUCCGCCAACAUUCUGAUGAAGCUCCGACAAGCCGCCAUCCAUCCCCUGCUAUACAGGCGCCACUAUGAUAACUCAACUCUGAGCCGCAUGGCCAAGGCGUGUCUCAAGGAGGAGCAAUGGUCUCUAUCAAACCCGGAUAUCAUCUACGAGGAACUCCAAGCAUACAACGACUUCGAGUGCCACACCAUGUGCGUGGACCACCCUCACUCUCUGGGCAGGUUCGCUCUGAAGAACAACGAAUGGAUGGACUCCGGCAAAGUAGACAAACUUUGCGAUCUUCUGAAGCGGUUCAAGGAGAACGGCGACCGUGCUUUGGUCUUCUCUCAGUUCACACUAGUCAUGGAUAUCCUCGAACACGUCCUCGAAAAUCAGCACAUCGGCUUCGUUCGACUGGACGGCAGGACAAACGUCGAAGAUCGCCAGUCCAUCCUGGACGCGUUCCACGAGCGCACCGAAAUCCCCGUCUUCCUCCUUUCCACCAAAGCCGGUGGUGCAGGCAUUAACUUGGCCUGCGCCAACAAAGUCAUCAUCUUCGACUCCAGUUUCAACCCCCAGGAGGACGUCCAGGCCGAGAACCGUGCCCACCGCGUCGGCCAAACUCGCGAAGUGGAAGUCAUUCGCCUUGUGACAAAGGGAACCAUUGAAGAGCAAAUCUACGCUCUCGGACAGACCAAGCUUGCGCUCGACCAAGCCGUGGCCGGUGAAGAAGGCGCCGAGUCCAAGAAGGCCGAAGACGCAGGCAUGAAAGUGGUUGAAGAUAUGGUUCUUGCGGACAUGCAGCACGAUAAAUCCGAUGACGCAUAA